UCCUGUGAAAGUGUUUAUAAUAGGAAAUCAAAUCAUUCAAUUUCUUGUAAAUCUAGAUGUCCUAACUGUUCAAGAGUUGGCCCCGGGUUUCCUUGUAAGGAUAUCGAUGAUUUCUUUAAACGUUGUAAUGGGUGUGGGAAAGACUUUAAGAAUGAGAAUUGUUUUGCCCAUCAUAUCACCUCAAAUUUCUGUAGUUCCUCCAAAAAAUGUGAAAAAUGUGGGGUUAUCUGGGAUGUUAAUGUAAAUAAUAAGAAUGGUAGGGAGGGUCAUGUAUGCUCCGAACGCUAUUGCACUACGUGCGGUAGUUAUCACGACCCCAAACGCGGCUGUUACAUUAAACCCCUUGUCAUUAAACCCCUAAAGGCGUACCGAAUUAUCGCCUUUGAUUUUGAAACCAUGCAAUAUAGGGAUGGAGAAAAAGGUAAAAUUCACGAUGUUAACUUUAUAGGGGUAAAGGUAAAUUGUCCCGGGUGUAUCAAUAACGGACCUAACCCUGAUUGUAGCGUUUGUGGGGAACAUAGGACUUUAACCUUUUCAACGAGACCUUUCCAAAACACACCCGUUGACCUUCAAAAUGUCACAGAGUAUCCCUUAGAAGAGUUUGUGUCAUGGAUUAUCGAUUCUUCCGUGACAGAUACAGUUGCCUUCUCGCACUUUGGGGGUAGAUUUGAUAUGGUAAUAAGUUAUAUGAAAUGA